AUGAAGGUCCUGGUGAUUCUGGUGUCGUUCGCGGCAUUAAUUUCGGCCGGAACUGUGCCAGAGAGUGCUAGAUUCAAUCCGGUUUACGAUUAUAUGGCGAGGAUUGGCAUCCCAGAAGCCGAAAGAAUCCGAAAAGCCGAAGAGGCUGCGUUGUCGUCCAGAAUUGUUGGCGGUAAUAAAGCAGCGCACGGACAACUUCCCUACCAGGUGGGCUUGAUCUCUGACAUCAUCGGAACCACCUCAAGAGGUAUAUGCGGUGGCAGUCUCAUUACUGAAAACAGGGUAGUCACUGCUGCCCACUGCUGGUUCGACGGACGUAACCACGGGUGGAGGUUUACUGUUGUCCUCGGCUCCGUUUAUCUCUUCAGCGGCGGCCACAGAGUAUUGACCAGCAUUGUCACCACCCAUCCCGAUUGGAUUCCAUGGCUCAUCCGUAACGACAUAAUGAUUGUCCACCUACUUGUUCGUGUUACUUUGUCACGUAAGUUAAAAAAAUAUUCAGAGUGCCUAUUAAGAACCUUGUGCACGCCACUGCCUACUAGACAGACAAUAAUAACAAUUGCUAAUAUGUUUACAGCCACGAUAUCUACCAUACAGUUACCUACUGGACGUCUGUUGUACGAAAACUUUGCUGGUUAUCAGGCGACUGCUUCUGGAUAUGGAUUAACUGAGAGUGGCGGAAAUAUUUCUGCUGAACAAUUUUUGAGCUACGUUCAGGUCAAUGUGAUCGGCAACAAUGUAUGUGGCGCAGCAUACCCCACCAUCAUACAAGACGCUCACAUUUGCACGAGCACUUUGGGUAAUGUCGGACCACUGCAGGGUGACUCCGGUGGACCGCUCGUGGUACAGACUGGUGGCAGAAUCGUUCUUGUUGGCGCUACAUCAUUUGGAUCUGCUUUAUCAUUGAACUUACCUACAGUGUACAGCAGAAUAACGUAUUACAUAGAUUUCAUCAAAGCGAAUUUAUAAAUUACUUUGUCUGGUCGUUAAAUGAUUGUAUCAACUUCAUUCAUUUAUUAAAAUGUUUAA